CUAUUGAAUCUCAUUGCUAGGGAAACCCAAGAAGGUUAUUCCGCGAGACGGCAUUCCGUUUGUGUUAAAUUAAUUGGUCACCUGUUGUUCAGUUAGUUUGGAUCAUGCGGAGCUCGAGCAGAGUCGCCCUGGUAGGGACAGUCCUAGCAAGUGUCCUGUGCCUUGUGCAUGGGAAUACGCUAGGAGGUUCAGAAGAUGGGGUCAAAUAUGACUUCCCGAAUGACUUCAUGUUCGGUGUCUCGACGGCCGCUUUUCAGAUUGAAGGAGGAUGGAACGCUGAUGGUAAAGGUGAAAGUAUGUGGGACACCUAUCUCCACGAGCAUCCAGAAUACACACCUGACCACGCCAACGGGGACGUAGCAGCUGAUUCUUAUCACAAAUAUAAGGAAGAUAUCGAAAUGAUAAAGGAAUUGAACGUCAAAUAUUACAGAUUUUCUCUCUCAUGGCCAAGGAUUCUUCCCUACGGGACUGACAACUACAUAAACAAACCCGGAGCUACAUACUAUCGUAAAUUGAUAGAAGAGCUGCGUAUGGCCAACAUAACCCCAGUUGUGACUCUAUUCCACUGGGACCUUCCUACCCCCUUGAUGGAUCUCGGGGGGUGGAGCAAUAGGAAAAUGGUGGACUAUUUCGUAGAUUACGCAAGGGUAGCGUUUGAUCUGUACGGCGAUGUCGUCAAAAUUUGGACCACUAUAAACGAACCGCAUCAGCAUUGUUAUAACGGUUAUGGAAGCGAUUAUUUUGUGCCAGCUAUAGUAUCAAAUGGAGUUGGAGAAUACCUUUGUGCCCACUACAUACUAUUGGCCCAUGCUGAAGCAUAUCGACUUUACGAAAGAGAAUAUAAACCACAUCAGCAUGGCAGAGUCGGCAUAACUCUCGAUGCCUUUUGGGGCGAACCAAGGAACAGUUCGAAUGCUAAUGACAUAGAAGCCGCCGAAAGGUAUAAUCAGUUUCAUUUGGGAUUAUAUGCUCAUCCCAUAUAUUCUAAAAAGGGUGACUAUCCUGAUAUUGUACGUAUGAGAAUUGACAGUAUAAGCGCCUACCAGAAUUUCACAAGAUCAAGGCUACCUUCAUUCACUGAAGACGAGAUUCAUAAACUAAAGGGAAGCUCGGAUUUCUUUGGCUUGAAUCAUUACACCACAUUUUUGAUGUCCAGCUCACUAAUGGAGGAUGCUUGGAGGGUGCCGUCCAUGGAUCAUGACACAGGAGUCAAGUUAGAACAGAAUUCGUAUUGGCCUAAACCUGGAGCAGAGUGGUUUACGGUCUAUCCACCAGGCUUUCGGAAACUUUUUAAUUGGAUCAAAAAUGAAUACGGAAACGACAUACCAAUAAUUGUCACGGAAAAUGGGAUGUGUGAUUUUGGGGGGCGAAAAGAUUACGAUAGAGUACAAUAUUACAAUCAGUAUUUGCACCAAAUGUGGCUGGCAAUUAAUAAAGACAAAUGCAAUAUCGAAGGGUAUUUCGCUUGGACCCUGAUGGAUGAUUUCGAAUGGAAAGAUGGUUACACCGUUAAGUUUGGUUUAUAUGAAGUGGAUUUCGAUAGUCCAGAAAGAACACGCAGAAAAAAGUUAUCAGCUAUAAACUAUAGUAAUAUUGCCAAAACAAAACAAAUAGAUUUCAAUUUUAUAAAGCCUCAUUUACUGAAAUAUAACAUGAAUGCUAUAUUUUAGUUAAUAGGCUAUGUUUUUUUUUAUUUAAUAACGAGAAGAGAAAGACUGUGAUUGAACUUUGUACAGCUUCAAGAUAGUGUUGUUAAAAAAUAAAUAAUGUAAAAAUGUAAAUAACUUUAGCAAUACGAGUAGGUAUUACUUAAAGCAUGACUAUAAAAAUAAGACGAUAAAUAAGCUUGUGCUCGCGACUUCGCUGACUUAAUACUUACAUGAUUGUCGCAUUAUUUUUUAUUUACUUUGUAAUUUUGAAGGCUACAGUCAAGUACAGAAAAUAUUUUGUAAAUUUUCAUGAUAGCGUAGCCGCGGUCAAAAGCUUACAUUUCAUAAGAUGUGAAGUAUGUGCAUACAUUAGCUAAAUUUUUUUAUAUAUUUUGAUGACUAUUUGAAAAAGUUAUUUUGAAUCAAAAUAAAUAUGUUUCUAAAAUGUUUAAAGCACGUGAACAUUUCUUCGACAGUUUUGUUUGUUAGUCCUUACGCUCAUAUUUGCGAAAUAUAUUUAUUUUUUAUAUUAAUGAUGGCGUUGACUGAUGGCUAAUUGGAUAGAUUCUCAGAAAGGAAGCGUGCUGGAAUAGGCAGAUUGACGUUCGUUCAACACAUUUUCUCUGUAAUGAUAUUCUAUAAAACAUACUUACAUUUAUUCGGAAAAUGCAGGAAUAUUUUUUUAUAUUUAACAUUGAAUACGGGAUAACAUUUUAUCUAGUUUUUUUUUCUGUCAAUCAUUUAAGCCUGAACGUGACGUGAAAAGUCACAGUGUGAAUAACAAUAUUUCGACUAAAUUGAAAAUUGUGUUUGAUAUAUAGAUGUUUUAUUUGUAUAAAGCUUUUGUUUGUAAAUUUGUGUUUUUUUUAAUGUUUUCUUUUAGACUUUUAUAUACUGUAGUCUGUCUUCUACGCAAGGAAUAUUGAUGUGAUUACUACGUAGGUAUUAUUUUUACAUACCGGUGUG